CGCGGGCGCGGAGGCGGCGCGGCCCCCCCGCCCUGCCCCGAGCGCCGGCAGCGGCCCCGCUCCCUCCGCCAAACUUCCGCGGGGAGCAGCGCGGAGCGGGGGCGCAUCCCCCGCGGCGGCGCGCAGAAACACGCGGGCACCGGCAGACCUGCGCCUCUGGCUGGAAGUUGAGGGAGGGAUUUGCCUUUUUUUUUUUUUUAAAUUUUUUUUUUCCCCCUCAUUCACGGGCGGAGGGGGGGGGGUUCCCUGCCGGUGCCCCCCGGUAGGUGGGCCGGGCGCGCUGCGCGCCCGCGGAGCCGCCCGCGGAGCCCCGCGCCAUCGCGCCGCGCGCUCUAAUUGAAAUGGCGCUUUUGGCCGGGGGCGGGCUGCCAGGGCGCUCCGCAAUAGCACAAUGCAUGUCGAUAGACGUCAUUUGGUUUUAAUGGCCUACAGGAAAUUUGGCGUUUACAAUGCGAGACAUUAGCAAAGGGUGAAAGGGAGGGGGAGGCAGGCAGGAUGGAUGGCUGGGAAUAAUUGCAGCCCCCCCCCGCCCCCGAGGCCCCCCGUCCGCACCUCGGCGGCGCUGGGUGCUGCAGGGAAGGGGGGGGGUUGGGGCUAAUUUUUUAUUAUUUAUUUUUUAACUUCAUCUAGUUUAUCAACAAGUGCAGAGUGGGUGCUACCCUAAUUGUAACAGAGGAGUCAAGAGAUGUGAGAAACGUGCCCUGUGUUACUUAUUUGGGAGCUGAAAAUUUAUGCCUAGUUGAAAAUGCCUGGGGAAAUAUUACAUCAGACCAAAUGACAAUGAUUAAAAUCAGCUUUUUUCCCCCCCCUUCCCCCCCUCUUUUCCUCCUUCUUCUUUUCAGUAAGUCUGUUGAAGGACGUGACAGUGGCCUGAUCCUCCCCAACACCGAACCGUUAUCCCCCGGCAGGGCCGGGUCGGGCCGGGCUGCGCGGAACUCCGCGGGGCAGCGCAGGGCUCCCGCCCCGGCCGCGCGGCGCGGAGGGGCUCUGCGGGCGGCGGCGCCGGGGGCGCGGGCUGGGGAGCCGGCCGCCUUCCCAGCCUUAUUUCAUUUUCAAGGGCUGUAUUUUAUUUUAUUCUGGGGGGUGGGGGAUGGGGGAGUAAAUCUGCAGACCUUCACCAAAAGGAGGGAAAAAUAUCCAAUUUUCAUCGCAAAAUUAGCUAGGGCGAGAGCAAAGGGCUGAGCUAAUUGUAGCCUAAUCCUCUGCCCUGCAGGCGUUUGCAAAGCCCUGAGCAAGAAUUCGCUUUUUUUCCUCCUCUUCUCCCUUCCCUCUGUUAUUUAGAGACGGGAUUAUUGCCUUUCUUCUCAUAACAGCCUCGGCAGUUUCAUUUAAAGGCUUUUUUUCCCCCCCUCUCACACACACACAUACACACACAGGCACAAAAUAAAUAGAAAAAGAAGCAGCGUAAACAGGGGAAGAGAGAGGAGACAGAGAAGCUUUAAAAAUAAUAAUAAUCACAGCAGGAUCUGCGGAGCAAAGAUAGUAAUAAAAGCAAAAAGCUGAGCCCAUCCACACACAGCCCCGGCAGAGCCCAAAGCCAAAGGGGGGCUCGCAGAUCUCUUCUGUGCUCAAGGAGGGAAGAAGCAUGUCCCGUCUGUCUCUGACACGCUCCCCGGUUUCUCCUCUGGCUGCUCAAGGAAUUCCUCUCCCAGCUCAACUCACCAAGUCCAACGCUCCCGUGCACAUCGAUGUAGGAGGACACAUGUACACCAGCAGCCUGGCUACCCUGACCAAGUACCCAGACUCCAGAAUAAGUCGUCUGUUUAAUGGCACAGAGCCUAUUGUCUUGGACAGUUUAAAACAACAUUAUUUCAUUGAUCGAGAUGGGGAAAUUUUCAGAUAUAUAUUAAGCUUCCUAAGGACAUCUAAGCUACUGCUCCCAGAUGACUUUAAGGACUUUAAUCUUUUAUAUGAAGAAGCAAAGUAUUACCAGCUGCAGCCAAUGAUUAAGGAACUUGAGCGAUGGAAACAAGAGAAAGAACAAAGGAAACAUUUCCAGCCUUGUGACUGCUUGGUUGUAAGAGUGACUCCAGAUCUGGGGGAAAGAAUUGCAUUGAGUGGGGAGAAGGCUUUGAUAGAAGAGAUCUUCCCGGAGACGGGGGAUGUCAUGUGCAACUCGGUGAACGCGGGCUGGAACCAGGACCCCACCCACGUUAUCAGGUUUCCCUUGAAUGGAUACUGCCGGUUGAACUCCGUGCAGGUGCUCGAAAGAUUAUUUCAGAAGGGAUUUAACGUGGCAGCUUCCUGCGGUGGUGGGGUGGAUUCCUCCCAGUUCAGCGAGUACGUGCUGUGUCGCGAGGACAGACGACCACAACCCACCCCAACAAUCAGAAUAAAACAGGAGCCCCUGGACUAGACCCUCCCCGUGCCCCCUUUGUAACCGUAGAAGUGUUUAAUAGUCCCUUAUGUGAAACACUAAGGAUUUGCAAAACAGUAUUAGCAAACAGAUUUUGACUUUAUGUUGCCCAUCAGUGGUACUCUGAAACUACCUGUCGCAUAGCCAGCCACGGAAUGCAUUUGGAAAACCAGUUGUCUGUCGCUCACGGUGGAGUUCCCGAGCACACCCAGCACGGCAGGGCUGGGAUGGACUUUGGGCUGACCAGCAGUGGUGUGGAACAGGCAGAGCUUUGGAAACCCUGGCCCCGGACUGGACUUCUGCAGCAAGAGCCAUGGAAGCAGUGGAACCGACCAGCAGGAGCCCAGGGACACCCCAGAGCUGCGCUGCGGGGACGGGGCCGUCUGCGGGAGGAAGAACCCCAAGAACUGCACUGAGAACCUUCCCUGACUGCUGCCCCUCCUCCAUAUCAGACGCGCUUCACACCCCCAGCAUCACGGUCACCUGGUGAUCGUACUCACCCACAUGAGCAAAUGGCUUAUUUUUAUACUACAUUUCCAGCUGAGGUCUCUCUCUGUGAACAGGAUCCAGAACCAGAACAGGACUGAUCCAUAGUCACUGGUGCUCAGUACUUAAACCCCCCACACACCAAACAAAACAAGUGACGAGAAAUUGGACAGGCCCACUCAUGGCAAUAUUUGCAACAGUAGGGAUCUGGAAGCACAAAAUAAAAUGCCACCCACCAUCACACGAGGCUCACAUACCCCACGAGGAGCUGCAGCUCUUUUAAAGCCAAUCUUGUUUUGACACAGCAGCUGUUAUGUUUUGCAUCAUUAAAGAAGUGUGGUUCUACCAAACAAGCCACCCCUGGUUAAUCAUUUACUAACCAUGUUAGAAGCCCACAUUUAGCAGGAAAGUUUAAGAAUUUUGGACAAGCCCACUCUUUAUGGGUCUGGAAUUCUUGCAAAGAGUUGUUAAAACCCUGUAUUGCCAUUGCCAGAUGAAAGCAGGAUGCCGUCAGUUUAAAUUGUUUUAUUAUUUUAAAUUAUUAAAAUUUGAAUUCUGUAGCUGCCCUCUGUCUGUGUAGCUUUCUCUGUAACAAAGUCAGGGGUCUGUCUGCAGGAGGGUCCUGCUUCUGCCAGGACCUGGCACCGACUCACAGGGCUUUCUAACUCAGGAGACAGCACCGUGUUUGCAGGUGCAAGGCUAUAAAUAGCAUUCUGCUAAAUCCUGUUUAUUGCUGUUCAGCAUGAUUGGGUCCUCAAUCACUAAUUCAUGUGUUAAUCACAAUUUAGUUUCUCCCACAAUAAUUUAUAGAAUACUGUUGUAGAUGAUGAAUUUUAAUUAAAGUCUUUUUAGAUGCAUAAAUAUGGCCAAAUGGAACAAGGGACAGAGUGUUACGUGGUCAACAGUUCUUAAUGCAAAUUGAUUGCAAUCAGGCAAAAUUUAAAAGUCAUGUUUAAGACCAGUGUUUUCAAAAGCAAUGAGCUGUACUGACUAUCCAAGGUAAAAAUCUAGGCAGGGGUCUAAUUUUUGGAAAAGGGCUGGAUACCUGUCCAUGGGAAAUCAGACCUCUGCAGGUUUUCUCACCUUGGUCACCCAACUCAGAAAUCUCUAAUGGCAAUCCUGGCCGGUUGGCCUGCUACCUUAGCAGAACAGUUGAGCAAAUCUGUCUACUUUUAAGAGUUGUAAAGUUAUUUUAUUUUGUGGUUUUAUACUUGUACGACAUUCUAAAGUUGCUAGGCAUUGCCAUAUUUGAAUAUAUGGCACAACAUUCACCUUUGUAUGUAAGAUAUCUGUAGAAUUGUAUAUUAUACAUUUAAUAUUGUAAAGAACUUAACGUAUAAUUGUCAUGUAUUUGUGUAUGCACAUUUCUUAUACAGUACUUCAUGCCAUAAACAUUUCUGUAAAGUAAAUGAACAAAAACAAGCACGUAGGGUGGAACACUCA